CUGGUUGUUGCGCUGCAGUUGGCAGGCUACUGCGGGAGGCGGUGGCGGUAGGAAGCCGGAGAGAGCGGGGUGACAAGAAAGUGAAGAGCCUCACAAGAUCUAUAAUAGGAGCUAGACCCUCCAGUACAAUGUUGAAUAGAAGUGCUGAUAACGAUCACCUCUGUCUUGUUUUCAACUUCAGAGCUAGACUUGGAAAAUAUUUACGUCUCAACCAAUGAAUUCCACACUUGAAACCUGCCGCAUUCCUGUGCCACCUCCUCCUUUAGAAAACUGAUCUUAAAACAGAGAGGUAAAAGAAAAAUAAAAGGUAGAAGAAGAUGCUGGGAUCUGAACGUGGUGUUGUAGAAGAAUGGUUGUCAGAAUUCAAGGCAUUACCUGACACUCAGGUCACCAAUUAUGCAGCAACUUUACACCGGAAAAAAACACUGGUACCAGCCCUCUAUAAAGUUAUUCAAGAUUCAAAUAAUGAGCUCCUGGAGCCUGUCUGCCACCAGCUCUUUGAACUCUAUCGUAGCUCUGAAGUUCGACUGAAGAGGUUCACACUGCAGUUCUUGCCAGAAUUGAUAUGGGUUUAUUUACGGCUUACAGUUAGCCGAGACAGACAGAGUAAUGGUUGUACUGAAGCACUUCUGUUAGGAAUUUACAAUUUGGAAAUUGCUGAUAAAGAUGGAAACAAUAAAGUUCUAUCUUUCACUAUCCCUUCCUUAUCUAAGCCUUCAAUAUACCAUGAGCCGUCGACAAUCGGAUCCAUGGCUUUGACAGAAGGGGCAUUGUGUCAGCAUGAUCUCAUCAAGGUUGUUUAUAGUGAUCUUCAUCCUCAGAGGGAAACAUUCACUGCACAAAACCGGUUUGAAGUCCUGAGUUUUCUCAUGUUGUGCUAUAACUCUGCUAUUGUGUAUAUGCCUGCCUCAUCUUAUCAAUCUCUUUGUCGGAUGGGCUCCAGGGUUUGUGUUAGUGGGUUUCCACGGCAACAUGAAAAACAGUGGAAAGAACUCUGUGGUCGAAUAGUAUUGGAUCCCGAAUUUAUGGUGCAGCUUCUCACAGGGGUCUAUUAUGCCAUGUAUAAUGGACAGUGGGACCUUGGCCAGGAAGUCCUUGAUGAUAUCAUUUACAGAGCUCAGCUAGAACUCUUUUCUCAACCUCUAUUGGUUGCCAAUGCCAUGAAAAACUCAUUACCAUUUGACGCUCCUGAUUCUUCACAAGAAGGCCAGAAGGUACUUAAAGUAGAAGUCACUCCAACAGUGCCGAGGAUUUCUCGUACUGCAAUUACAACAGCUUCAAUCCGUCGUCAUAGAUGGAGGAGAGAAGAUGGCUUUGACUUCUCAAACGAGGCUGACUCGAGUAUUCCUGGCUCCCCGAUCCAACACGGCUCCACUGACCUAGGGAUCAAACGUGUGCAAGAGGGGGAGGUGCUGGUGCGCAGGACCCCUGAGCAUGGCUCGCCGGAGCCCAACUCAGCAGCAGCCACAACAGAGGGUGCUGAGGGUGUAAAUGGAGGAGAGGAGUCUGUAAACCUGAAUGAUGCAGAUGAAGGAUUUUCAUCAGGGGCUUCCCUCAGCAGUCAGCCAAUUGGGACAAAACCAUCAUCCUCCUCUCAGAGGGGAAGUUUAAGGAAAGUAGCAACAGGGCGUUCAGCCAAGGAUAAAGAAACAGCCUCUGCAAUCAAAUCCAGUGAGAGCCCUCGAGAUUCAGUAGUUCGCAAGCAGUUGACAGUGAUGAAUAAACUGGAAUUAAAGGAAGACAAGAUGCUGGAGGUUCGAUUUGUGGGGGAUGAUGAUGUUCUUAAUCACAUUCUUGAUAGAGAAGGAGGAGCUAAAUUAAAAAAAGAACGAACUCAGCUUUUGGUCAACGCAAAAAAAAUAAUAAAGAAGCCAGAAUGUGACUUGGAGGAAGAUGACCAGGAAGUCCUAAAAGAUCAGAAGUAUGUGGAAGUUUUGGGAAGAGAUGUUCAAGAAUCCUUGAAAAAUGGCUCUGCAGCAGAUGGUGGGAAUAAAGUUUAUUCUUUUCAAAAUAGAAAACACUCUGAAAAGAUGGCUAAACUAGCUUCAGAACUAGCAAAAACACCAACAAAAAAUGUUUCAUGUAAUGUGAAGGAUGAUCCUGAAGUAACAAACAUUCCUCAAAGUAGCAAGGGGCAUUCUGCAUCAGACAAGGUUCAGCUGAAGAACAGUGACAAAAGUGAAUUUCUGUCAACAACAUCUAGUGGUCCAAGGAAAAGACUAAUAGUUCCAAGUUCUCAUUCUGACAGUGAAAGUGAAUAUUCUGCUUCCAACUCAGAGGAUGAUGAAAGGGUUGCACAGGAAUAUGAAGAGGACAGUAAUGAAGUCAUAUUGAGCCAAAAGAUUCAAACUCAGAACAGAGUAGUUUCAGCUCCUGUUUGCAAAGUAACACCUUCUAAGAAAAUGAAAAGAGAUAAAACAAGUGACUUAGUAGAAGAGUAUUUUGAAGCUCACAGCAGUUCAAAAGUUUUAACCUCUGAUAGAACAUUGCAGAAACUAAAGAGAGCACAACUGGAUCAGCAAACUUUGUGUAACUUACUGAGCAAGGUUUCUCCUUCCUUUUCUGCUGAACUUAAACAACUAAAUCAGCAAUAUGAGCAAUUAUUUCAUAAGUGGAUGUUGCAAUUACACCUGGGGUUCAACAUUGUGCUUUAUGGUUUGGGAUCUAAGAGAGAUUUACUAGAAAGGUUUCGAACCACCAUGCUGCAAGAUUCUGUUCAUGUUGUCAUCAAUGGCUUUUUUCCUGGAAUCAGUGUGAAAUCAGUCCUGAAUUCUAUAACAGAAGAAGUCCUUGAUCAUGUGGGUACUUUCCGAAGUGUACUGGAUCAGCUAGACUGGAUACUAAACAAAUUUAAAGAAGAUUCUUCUUUACAACUCUUCCUGCUCAUCCACAAUUUGGAUAGCCAAAUGUUGAGAGGAGACAAGAGUCAGCAAAUUAUCGGGCAGUUGUCAUCUUUGCGUAACAUAUACCUUAUAGCUUCUAUUGAUCACCUCAAUGCUCCCCUCAUGUGGGAUCAUGCAAAGCAGAGUCUUUAUAACUGGCUCUGGUAUGAAACUACUACAUAUAGUCCAUAUACUGAAGAAACUUCCUAUGAAAAUUCUCUUCUGGUUAAACAGUCUGGAUCACUACAACUUAGUUCCCUAAUUCAUGUCUUACGAAGCCUUACUCCUAAUGCAAGGGGGAUUUUCAGGCUACUAAUAAAGUAUCAGCUGGAUAACGAGGAUAACCCUUCUUACAUUGGACUUUCUUUUCAAGACUUUUACCAGCAGUGUCGGGAGGCAUUCCUUGUCAACAGUGAUCUGACACUUCGGGCCCAGUUAACUGAAUUUAGGGACCACAAGCUUAUAAGAACAAAGAAGGGAACUGAUGGAGUGGAGUAUUUAUUAAUUCCUGUUGACAGUGGAACAUUGACUGAUUUCCUGGAAAAGGAAGAAGAGGAGUCUUGAAGCCUAUCCUUUACUUUUGAACCUUCCAUAGAAGGGUUGUUGUACUCCACCUGCCACUCCUCUAGUCAGAGGUGUUGUGUUUACAUACAACAUUAUUUUUCCAGUGUACAAGAUUUAAAUUUGUGGGGAGGGGAAUUCCAUCCAUUAGAACUUUUGGCUAGCCUGUCUGGUGUAUCAUCUCUAGUGCUGUGCAGCUGUCCUCAAGUUGGAGAAAAUGUGCCUUGCAUUCAUUACCUCUCUGGAGACUUCUUGUUGGAAUGAACAGUGUGCUCAGGGACUAUUUGGAACUGGAUGUUUUUGAAUUCUUUUAUACUAGAAAUAUUAUUCCUAAUUUUUUGAGGGCCUUUUGACACUCCCAAGCUGAUUGUUUGCAAGGUUGCUUGUUGCAGUGUGUGGAAGUACAAGACAAGGGCAUCAUCUGUUCUAUUUGCUGUUCUGUGUGUCUGAACUGAUGAGUGCAGUAGAGAAAAGAGAUGUCUCUGUUUCUGAAAUGACUAACAAAAGAUGUGGAUUGGGAAGAAGUAGGUGAUCCAGCUUUCUCCUUUUGGAUUUAGGCUACAUACUAGGGGGGACAAAAGGGGAGCAGUGACACCAUUCAGCUGGGAUAGUGGGAAAAGCAUAAGGAGUUUAUAGGGUAUGUACCCAACCUAGGAAGCACAUGAACAAUAGAUCAAGAUAUUGAGAACAGUUAAAGUCUGUGCCAUCACCUUCAGGAUGCAAGUGAGAUGCCAGGCUAGAGACACAAAAUCCUGAAUUGUAAUUUAGUAACUGUUUUUAAGACAAGGAGAAAAUAAAACAUUUCAGUAUUCUUGUAUAUUGACAUAGUUUUCUUUUCUUGAAUAACAUGCAGGUGAUUAUCAUAUUAAUGGCUGGCUUUAAAGAUUCUGCUAUCAAGUAGAUCUAAAUAUAUCACUGUUAAGAUAUUUCAAUUUUUUCUUAAAGUGAUCAUUUCAAGCCUCCUAAAGAUUUAUAUGAGCCUAUUUUCCUAGGAAAGAAAAAAGGGUAACCUUGGCCACUGUUGCCAGCUUAAGUAUGCAUACUCCCUGAAAUACUUCAUAGCUGGAAAUGAAUUUCUUUGUUAAAGUAUCACUGUAAUAAACUAUGUACUGCAACAGCAUUUCUCACUUGUUUCUUAACUUGUAAACCCCUUUCAUGGAAAUACUUCCCAAAACACUUGGAAUUUUUUUAUCAUUUUUUUGUGGUGUGAUUAGGUAAUUUUAUACUAAAUCAAUCCAUGCAUUAAAGGUCAUACCCUUAAAUAUAACCACUAAUCAAAACAACUAAAUUUAUACAUGAACAUGGUUUUUUUUUUAAAUUUUAAUAGUACCAAAGGAAAUUCAGUGAAACGUGAGAUUCCCUCACAUUUGAUGAUCCCUGUCCCUUAGGCAACCACUGAUAAUAGUGUCUCAAGUAUUCUUCCAGAGGGAUUCUAUGCAUAUGCAAAGAUACUUGUCUAUAUAUCUCUCCUUUUAAAAACACAAGUGGGAGCGUAUAAUACUUACUGGUUUGCACCUUGCUGUUUUUACUUAAUAUGUUUAUAACUGCUACAGUAUGAAAAAUAUAGAAAAACUUUAAUGACCUAAUGUGCAAUUUUUGCAUUUGCUCUUAAAUAUCUAGUGAUUUAUUUUUAUAAUUUUUGUGUCCACUAUAUGCAAACAGUGUGUGUCAAUAGUAUUUAUUAUUAAUAAAAGCCAAUUUGGAUAGAAGUCUUUUUUUUUUAUUUGCAGUAUGGAUUUUCCAACUAAAAAUAUCUUGAAGUGUUCCCUAAGAUUUUUAUGAGUGUACCGUACAGGUCUGGUGAAGAUCUUGGCAGAAUUAUGAUGUUCCUCAUUAACUUUUCAGUAUCAGUGUUCCUUAAGCUCUGUCAGUUGUUUCGACUGCUAAGGCUCUGAUUCCUUGUGCCAUGUUACUUGCUUCUGACCAGACUGAAUGGACCUUCUGAAACCAUGAAAAAUCUUCUGUGUGCCCUUAAUAAAGUGAUACACUCCCAAAAAAGGGGAGGGGGCAGUAUGUAGACCAGACAUGUUUUACAAACUUGGCACAAUACAGAAGUCCUUGUGCCAGGGUAAGCAAAGUUAGUACUUGUAAUACUUCAGGAACUGGACUUUCUUAAAAUUGUUAUUGAAUAUAUGAACAUUUCAUUCAUAUGAAAAAAUACUGGGUUUAGGAAUGGUUAGUAGAUGUUGCUUUACUUUUUUAAAAAAAAAUUACUAACAGAAUUUUUAGAAGUCUCCCUUUUUUCUAGCAAAUUUAAAUGUGGAACCAGUAGCAUUGCUCAGGAUGUAUUUUCCUAUGUUCUAGGAGGUAGGGUAAUUCUUCCAUCUUAGUCCUGAACAGCCAUCAGAUGACAGUGAGUCAUGGCAGUCUGCCUUAUCACAGAUUAUGUGGCUCUUAAAAACCAGGGAUGAGUAAAUUGUUAUGUAAAUGACUUUGUUGGGGGAGGGAGAAUGUUGUAAAUGACUUUGUUGGGGGAGGAUGUUGUAAUUAUUUGAUUUCUCCCUUAGAAAAAUCUCCCACAUUUUGAUUUUUCAAAUUGCUGUUAAACCAUUUUAAUUAAUGUUAGGCACUUACUACAUAGAAAGCUUUACGCUAGACAGGAGUUGGAGGACAUGAAGGUGAAAUAUGAGAUUUUCAAUCUAUUUUUUUGAUGCUUUAGUAACAUUAAAUAUCAUUAAAAACAUUAAGGUACAGCAUCUUUACUGUGUUGAAUAAAAUAACUUUAAAAUGACUUACUGGUGGUAUGGAAAACAUAACUUUAAACCUGUCAGUAUAACAUUAAGCUCAUUAUCAAUUUAUUAGAAUAAUUUGAUACCACUUAGGCCCCAAGACUUCCCAAGUAUUUAGUUCAUCAUCUUUACCUUUACUACUCAAAGUGUGGUCCUCAA